AUGGCGUGCUGCCUUACAGAGGAAUUGAAAGAACAGAAGCGAAUUAAUCAAGAAAUAGAAAGGCAGUUACGGAAGGAUAAAAGAGAUGCUAGGCGGGAGUUAAAGUUACUUCUUUUAGGUACUGGAGAAUCAGGAAAAAGUACAUUUAUUAAACAAAUGAGAAUUAUUCAUGGAUCAGGCUAUUCAGAUGAAGAUAAAAGAAGUUUUAUUAAAAUAGUGUAUCAGAAUAUAUUUAUGGCUAUGAAUGCUAUGACAAGGGCUAUGGACACGUUGAAAAUAAGCUAUCGAGACAGUGCUAAUAUUGAACAUGCAACAUUGAUAAAGCAGAUAGAUUAUGAGACAGUGACUACGUUUGAAAGACAGUUUGUAGAAGCUAUCAAAUCAUUAUGGGAAGAUGAAGGUAUACAGGAGUGUUAUGACAGACGGAGAGAAUAUCAACUUACUGAUUCCGCCAAAUACUAUUUAGAUAGUGUUAAUAGAAUAGCAGAGCCAGAUUACUUACCUUCACUACAAGAUAUACUGAGAGUUCGAGUCCCUACUACGGGUAUUAUAGAAUAUCCUUUUGAUCUGGAUAGUAUCAUUUUCAGGAUGGUUGAUGUUGGGGGCCAAAGAUCUGAGAGACGGAAAUGGAUUCACUGUUUUGAAAAUGUAACGUCCAUUAUGUUUUUAGUCGCCUUAAGUGAAUAUGAUCAAGUUUUGGUAGAAUCUGAUAAUGAGAACCGAAUGGAAGAAUCAAAAGCCUUGUUCCGAACAAUAAUUACUUACCCUUGGUUCCAAAAUUCAUCAGUCAUUCUCUUCUUGAAUAAGAAAGAUUUAUUAGAGGAGAAGAUUAUGCACUCACACCUGGUUGAUUAUUUUCCUGAGUUUGAUGGUACAAAGAAGGAUGCUAUCUCGGCAAGAGAAUUCAUUCUAAAAAUGUUUGUAGAACUCAAUCCUGAUCCAGAUAAAAUCAUUUAUUCUCAUUUUACUUGUGCUACAGAUACAGAAAACAUCCGCUUUGUGUUUGCAGCAGUAAAGGAUACAAUCUUACAGUUAAAUUUAAAGGAAUAUAAUUUGGUGUGAAAAGAGAUCUAUCUGGGGCAGCAUCCAUGUGGGCAAUUAAUGUAUUUAUUUGUGAAAGUGUCCUUGGUACAAAAAAAAAAA